AUGGUAUUAGCAGACUUAGGUCGUAAAAUUACGACUGCCUUGCAGUCUCUCAGCAAGGCCACAAUCAUCAAUGAAGAGGUCCUCAAUGGCAUGCUCAAAGACAUAUGCCUUGCUCUCAUAGAGGCAGACGUGAACAUUCGCCUAGUAAAAAGUCUCCGAGAAAAUGUCAAAUCCGUUAUUGACUUCGAGGAAAUGGCCGGGGGCCUCAACAAAAGGAGGAUGAUCCAAAGUGCAGUAUUCAAAGAACUUGUCAAACUGGUGGAUCCUGGGGUGAAACCCUAUCAACCAGUCAAGGGAAAACCAAAUGUUAUAAUGUUUGUUGGUCUACAAGGUUCUGGUAAAACAACUACUUGUACCAAACUGGCCUAUCACUAUCAAAAAAAGAAUUGGAAGUCUUGUUUAGUGUGUGCUGAUACGUUCAGAGCAGGGGCUUAUGACCAAGUGAAACAGAAUUGUACUAAAGCUAGGAUACCCUUUUAUGGAAGUUACACUGAAGUUGAUCCUGUAGUUAUUGCCCAAGAUGGUGUAGACAUGUUCAAAAAAGAAGGGUUUGAAAUAAUAAUUGUGGAUACUAGUGGUAGACAUAAACAAGAAGAAUCACUGUUUGAAGAGAUGUUAGCUGUAUCUAAUGCUGUGAGACCUGACAAUAUUAUUUUUGUAAUGGAUGCUACCAUUGGUCAAGCUUGUGAGUCACAAGCAAGGGCUUUCAAAGAAAAAGUGGAUGUUGGUUCAGUCAUCAUAACAAAAUUAGAUGGACAUGCAAAAGGUGGAGGGGCUCUCAGUGCAGUGGCAGCAACCAGUAGUCCUAUAAUUUUCAUAGGUACUGGAGAACACAUAGAUGAUUUAGAAUCUUUCAAAACAAAGCCUUUCAUUAGCAAGUUAUUGGGUAUGGGUGAUAUAGAAGGACUGAUUGACAAAGUGAAUGAACUGAAGCUAGAAGAUAAUGAAGAGUUGCUGGAAAAAAUUAAACAUGGUCAGUUCACUCUGAGAGACAUGUAUGAACAGUUCCAAAAUAUCAUGAAGAUGGGGCCUUUUUCACAAAUAAUGGGUAUGAUUCCUGGCUUCAGUCAAGAUUUCAUGUCAAAAGGUAGUGAACAAGAAUCCAUGGCAAGGCUGAAAAAACUGAUGACAAUUAUGGAUAGUAUGAAUGAUGCAGAGUUGGACAACAGGGAUGGUGCAAAAUUGUUCUCCAAACAAAAUGGCAGAGUUAUAAGGGUGGCCCAAGGAUCAGGAGUUACAGAAAGGGAAGUGAAAGAACUCAUCACGCAGUACACGAAAUUCGCCGCCGUCGUGAAGAAGAUGGGCGGCAUCAAGGGCCUGUUCAAGGGCGGCGACAUGGUCAAAAACGUCAACCACAACCAGAUGGCCAAGCUCAACCAACAGAUGGCGAAGAUGAUGGACCCGCGCGUGCUGCACCAGAUGGGCGGCAUGUCGGGCCUGCAGAACAUGAUGCGGCAGCUGCAGGCGGGGGCGGCGGGUGGGUUGGGCGGGCUGGGCAACCUGAUGGGCGGCUUCGGCAACAAGUGAUUCGGUUCGCCAGUUGCUGGGACCGGUGGUUUUGCGCGUGGUUUAUAUUUCGGGAAUUAUUUUUGUCUGAAGAACGCGAAUUUAUCGAGAUAUUUAACGAAAAAUUUCCAAAUUUCACCUUUCUUUUCCGCCUGUCUUAGAUACACAUUCUCAGCCACUUGCCUUCUUUUUUUCAUAAUUGGACACUGUGUACAGGGUGGCUAGAAUUCGAGGCUCAUCAUUGGGAUCUCUUAAACCGUGAGAGAUACAGGGCGGCAUUUUGAUCAGCAUCAAAUUCCAGCCACCCCGUACUUCACUAUGAACUGCACUCAAACAUCUCAUAAUUAUAUCAAAUGAAGAUCAAUUUAUAUUUGCAAGAUAUAUCUGCCAAUUAAGCUAAUUGUAAGAUCGAUCUACCAUUUGGGCUUGAUUGCAACAUAUAUCUAGCAAUUAGUGCUUAAUUGUCAAAUCUACGUUCCAAUUGAGCUCAUUAAUAAUUGCCAGAUUGAUCUUGCAAUUGAGAUAAUUGC